ACACAGAUUGCGGGGUUUCUGUGGAGGGCUUUUCUUGUUUGUCACUUUUAAAACCCUUGCUCCUAACCAUUUAUGUUGUAGCUAGGUAGCUAGUUUGUUAGUUUUGUUGUUUUUAAACAGAGCUCGCUAGUUGACUACAUUUACUUUGACGUUUAUUUAUUUUUUAGCAAAUUCGAAGUAAUUAAAUGAAAAGCUUGGGCCUUUUAUUAUUUUAAAAUUAAUCAGUACUAUUAACAUUUUAGUCAGCUGUCGAUACAUUUUACCUAUCCGCUAUGUUGUUAACCGAUAACCAGGUCAGUCUCAGUGUUUUCACGUCUGUAACGGACACAACUGAUGAACCGAUCCGAGCCGCGGUCCCUCCUUCAGUGGAGCUCGGUCUGACCGUUGUGUAUACUAUCCUGUACUCGCUGCUUUUUGUGUUUGUUUACGUGCAACUCUGGCUCAUUUUGCACUAUGGCCAUAAGCGCUUCAGCUACCAGAGUGUCUUUCUCUUCCUCUGUUUGCUGUGGUCAGCGCUUAGGACUACAUUAUUUUCCUUCUACUUCAAGAACGUUGUUCAAGCGAACCAACUGCAGCCUUUGCCUUACUGGCUUUUGUACUGUUUCCCAGUAUGCCUGCAGUUCUUCACACUGUGUCUGCUAAAUCUUUAUUUUGCACAGGUAAUGUUUAAAGCCAAAGCUAAAUAUUCUCCGGAGCUUAACAAAUAUAAGGUUCCGCUGCGACUGGCCUUCCUCUUCGCCGGCCUCUUCUUCCUGGUGGUGAACGUGACGUGCGCCAUGCUGGUGCAGGGCAGCGCGGGAGACGUGGAGGUGAAGCACGCCGUGCUCGCACGCGUCCUCAUCAACGACAGCCUGUUCGUGCUCUGCGCCGUCUCGCUCGCCGUCUGCAUCUUCAGGAUCGCCAAGAUGUCCUCCGCCAACGUCUACCUCGAGUCCAAGGGCACGUCGGUGUGCCAGGCCACAGCGAUCGGGGCGGCGGUCAUCCUGCUGUACACCUCGAGGGCCUGCUACAACCUGGUGGUGGUGGCCCUCUCCCCAGAGGACCGGCCGAGCCCCUUCAACUACGGAUGGUACAACGUGUCCGACCAGGCUGACGUAGAGAAGAUAAGUGGUGAGGCCUACAUAGUGUUUGGAAUCAUCCUGUUUUUCUGGGAGCUCCUACCCACCAGCCUAGUGGUGGUCUUCUUCAGGGUCCAACGGCCCAAUCAGAACCUGGCACCAGGGGGAAUGAUAAACAGUCACAGCUUUAGCUCCAGGGCAUACUUCUUUGACAAUCCACGGCGCUACGACAGCGAUGACGACCUGUCGAGGAGCAUCACCUCCCGAGGGGAUAGAGGCAGCAGUAUACUAUCAUCUACGCCCCAGGCUGGGCCUAGCUGGUACGGCUCCAUACAGAGGAACGGCAGCCUCACAGGCAUACCGCACUUGCUCAACGGGCAGCCUUCUGCCACUGCACCCCUCCUCCUCGCCUACGGCAAUAUCCAGACCAACCAGCACCACAACUACUACUCCACACCCCAAAAUUACUAUUCCACCCCCCAGAACUACUACUCAACCCCCCAGAAUUGAACUGCAGCCUCCCUUCAACCCAGGCAAGGCAGCCAGGCCAUCUGCUUUGUGGUUCCGCCCCACUGCAGACCCGUAAACCCGCAUAUCUGGCUCAGCUCGCCCGUGCCCCCCGAUUCCACCAACCGUCCUGCUCCUCACCUGUCUGGUAGCUGUCACCAUGGCAAUGACCCUAAGGGGCAGGAAGUUAGCAGAUGGGACCACGCUGGGGGCAGACCCGGGCACGGUAGGGGAAGACCCUGUGAGCUUGUUUACUUGGCUGUUUUUUUUUUUUCUUUAAUUAUUCUUUUUCCAUAAUUUCUUGGAAAACUACAAUUCCUGGAAGCUAGCUGGACAAUUUGAAAAUAAAAAAAAAGGAAAGUUCUUUUCUACCGAAGCACUUGGAAAUGUGCUUUCUUCAGAGGUAGAUAUUUUCUCUUGCUUUCCCAGAGAAGCAAACAUUUGGAAACGGAACAGUCUCCUUUUGCUGUUGUGGACCAGUCUGGCCUGUGGACCAGUUUCUCUGUUGUUGACUCAGCCCCUUCUCUCCCCACAAAUGUUUUCCCCACGUGUUGCUUUGUUGUUGACUCAGUCCAGCAGGCAGCACCUGUUCCAGAAGCUUCCUGCACAGACAGGCUCUCCCUCUCUGAACUGGGAUGCAGUAUUUGCACUUCAAAACCUGUUCUAGUGGUCCUGAUCAAAUGGCUUUUGUCCUGAAUGUAGACACAGCCUCUCUGUGUAUUCUUGUUUUGGGGGGGGGGGGGGGGGCCUUUCCAGUUUCCCCCCUCUGGUAAGGGGGUUUGGGAGGAUGCGAUGAAAAUGAGUCAGUCAAGCUGUGGCACUUCACCAUACCGACAGUGGACAGAUGCCAGCACCGCUUUUGCCUGGGCGCACUGCAGCCUGUUUUCGUGGUAUUAGAAGCCAUUGUGCGCCAGGAAAAAAGGAAAACAUUAAAAUUGGUGUGUCUGGGUCUUUUUACUGACAGACGGUAAGAACGAAAAUCCACCUCUGCCAAAGAGCACAGACUGCAACUGUGACUAGGCCGAAACUCGAGCCUGCACCUUGACUAGCAGGAAUAGCCCCGCUCCAGUGUAUGCUCUCAAGCCACUUACGGAAGGGAGCUCCAUGGGGGUGGAGAGCAGUCCAGUGGGAAGCUGUGUGUGUGUGAUGAAUGUUCUGGAUUCAGUAACAUGAAUGUAUUAGGACGGAUCAGCAUUCUUCAGCAGUCUGAUCAGUGGAAUAUGUUACUGUGUUCCGGUUUGGUACUUCUUUCCUGGUAGGCCUCAAGUAGAUGGAGAGGGAUGCUUUGAUCACUUUGAGGAAACCAUCUUCCAGUAUAUAUCUCUUGUAUGUGUCAAUAUUAUACAGUAGCUAUCUGUAAUGUGGUAGUUUACAGCGUCAAGCUCCCUAUCUUGUAGAAAUACCUGCCAUUGUGCCAUCGCUUUGUGUUUUUUUACUAGGAAAACCUGUUGCACAAAAUGCUGUACAUAUUUGAUAUGAUUAAUAAGCUUUAUUUCUUCAUUCUGGGUCCUGUUUUACUAAAUUCCACGUCUUACUUCUGUAGCAGGGCUCCCACAUUUGGGGCAAUGUUCAAAUCAACAUUGCUAUAUUAGGACCAUGUGUACAUGGUACAGCUGAUGUGUGUGUUGAGGAGUGUGUGUUGUUUGUGUAUGUUGGAAAUGUGUUGGAGUAUGUGGGAAAAGUUCAGAAAGUUUAGGGAACUGUAGGUUCUGUGUUUUUUCAUCUGUGUGUGUGUUACCAAACAGUGUUUUGCACUUGCAAAAACUGUUCACCGAGAGUACGAGGUGAAGCAGAGGCCUGUUUUCCUUUAGUGUGAAACCCCAAGCUUUUUGAAAAUCUUUACUUAUUUUUCCUUCUUCAUGAAUGUCUGAAGCACAUUGUUUUCAUUGUUAUUACUAUUUGAAUACGGUAUAUCGUCUGACAAACACAAUCUCUGGGCGAAUGCAAUCAUAUAUAUCUCACUCUUUUUUUUCCACCACCAGUGCUCUGUACAUCAUUGUGCUACCUGUAGGUGAUUCAUGAUUUCUCUGUUGGGCUCUGUUUGUCUGUGCUGAAAAGAUGGCCAGAAGAGCAUUCAGCAUAUCAAGUGGAGCAAGGUCUAGUUCAGCCUUCCCCUCCAAAAUCCCACAGACAUUCUGACAAGUCUGACCUCUCCACUCAAAGGACCAGACACAGGCAGCCUGGAAGUUGCUUUCUUUUAAUUCUUUUUCUUUUAAUCAAAAUGAUUUCUUAAGAGGUUAUUGCAGGGUAUGGGGUUGGGUAAACAAAAACACCAAACAAAUGGUUGUGUAAUCAUUAUAACUGGUUUGGGUAAAGAGGAUUUUUACUAUUGGUGUCAGCGAGCCAUUAGAUGGUUGUGACUGUGGGUUGCCAGAUGCUGCUGUAAAGCAAGAGAGAGGAAGCAGUUGUCAGCACUGAGAAAAUCAGUGGGCUCUAACAGUGUGGUUCUCUUCACACACAUAUCUGAGGACUUAAAAGCGUUCUGUUCAGAACAAAGACAAUUCACCACAUACAGCAUACAGUGGAGGGGAAAAGUGUAUUUCACAAAAAGUGUUGUAUUUUUGUUAUUUGUUUCUAUGAAAUCUGUUAUUAUAUCAGCUUUUGUUUCUGACAAAGAGCCAGGUUGUAGCCUUUAUUCUUUUUUUAUUAUUUUGUUUGUGGCCAAUGAAUGUAACACGUUUACCCAUGUUUCAUAGUUCACUAAAGCUGUAUGCAAGCACUACCAUGUUAAAAUAA